CCUGGGCUUUAGAUGUACUCAUUACAACAGCUGGAGAAAACACCGAUCCACCCUAUAAGCAAACAACAGCAUUGUUUAGCACUAGAUGUGACCACUAAAAAGGACUCGCCGUGGGAGACUGACAAUGGGAGGCACUCUGACAAGCCAAAGAGCCCUGGAGGAUUUCAGAGAAACUCGUACUAAUGAAGACCUUCCAUCAAGAGUGGAAGAGAAUGACAUGGCAUUAGUUUUGGAUAACUAUCCUCCUCCUGAUAUCUGCGAGCCCAUAUUUCGAAUGGGAGAUUGGCUGAAAAUAGUGUCUGAAGAAGGGUACUGGUGGAAGGUCUGCUCAGUCAACACGAAGGAAGUGAACUAUAUACCGCACUGUCAUGCCACAAAAGUCUACCAUGGUUGGCUGUUUGAAACUGUGACCAGACCAAAAGCUGAGGAACUGCUUCAACUCCCAGGAAACCGAGUGGGGUCGUUCUUGAUCAGAGCGAGCACAAAUGGUUCGUACACCUUAUCUGUGCGCCACAGAACUAUUAAGCAUUAUCGAAUAGUUAGAAUGCCUAACAACUGGUACUACAUCUCUCCACGCCUCACAUUUCAGUGUCUGGAAGAUCUGGUGAACUACUACUCUGGUAUAGCAGACGGACUGUGCUGUGUUCUAACUGGCCCAUGUUUGAUCGCCUGUGAAACCCCUCUGAGUGAGCUCACGAAAACACCUGAAGGGAGAAAAUUAUCUUUUGACUGGAGAGCAGCGAACAGCUCGGAGCUCGUCCACCAGAGCACAAGCCCUUCAGCGGUCAGCUACGGGGUUCAGAACAGUGUCUCUUCCUACCUGUCUUUGCUGGGACAGCAAGAGAAGCCAGAGAAAAAGAAGUUUAGUUUGAAGAAGAGGUGGAGGUCUGUCUACAUGACGCAAAACCACCAGCUUGACAGUUUGGCCACUGUGGAAGACAACUAUGAGGAGGUGCCUUGAUAGAUCACAUCUGAUUCAUUCCAGGAGCUCAAAAGCUGAGAGGGGGAUAUCUAAAGGCAUUGUUGUGUCUGGACUGAAAAAGAGAGAGACUUUUUGACAGAGAAAAAUGAAAGUUCCUCAAGCACGUGUUUAUUUAAAUUUGAGCUUAUGAAGCUUUGAGUAUGAAUGUUUUAAGAUGGUUGUGCAACCUUGCAUCAUUAUUUUUUGGACUGGAGAAGGUUGAUUUUACUGUAAAUGUGACCUCAGACAUUAGACUUUAGUCACAUAAAACAGUGUUUGUCGUGUAACCGGCAGUUGG